CGCCAUCCCCGUGGAGCUGCGGCGCGGGCAGCGCAUGGUGUGCGUGGAGUACCCGGGCGUGGUGCGCGACGUGUCCAAGAUGCUGUCCACCCUGGGCGGCGAAGAAGGCGUUUCUCGGGCUUUCUGUCCUCAUUGGCACCCUGCCGGGCGGGCAAUGCCCGCGCUUUGCAAGGAGCACUUUGCAAGGAAAGCGAGGCAGUUCAAGGCCGCCCAGGAACUAGCGGGGCUGGGAGGAGUUCUCCCCUUGUGCCAGGCUCUGUGUGAGUGCUUUACACGCGCCAGGCCUUGAAAUGUCGCUGUCGAGGCCCUCGCUGAACCCCAGCUCAGCUGGCAGCCGCCGAGAAGGAAGAGGCACCCCCGCCCCCCAUUUCCUCUGCCACAUAACAACUGCGAUGCUCGGGUUUGCAAGUGAGCCUUUGGGGAACUAAGAGCUCUGAACGAAACAUGAGCUCCUGGCCCUUUCUCUGUCACCUGGGUCAUACCAGGCAGGCUCCUGCUGAGAGAGGUACCGCCCCCUGCCGGCCACUUAGCUGGCCACGGCUUCAUCGGUCUCCCUUGGCCUCGGCACAGAUCUACGGAGACCCCACCAAGAGGCUGGAGCUCUACUUCCGGCCCAAGGACCCCUACUGCCACCCCGUGUGCGCCAACCGCUUCAGUACCAGCAGCCUGCUGCUCCGGGUCAGGAGGAAGACGAAGCGGCAGGAGGGGCUGCCGGGGCCCGAGGCCCGCCCCCAGGUCACCUUUGACGUGGAUAUCCUUGGCAUCGUCCCCACCAUUUACAGAUUCCAAGGAAUGUCGGACUUCCAGUACUUGGCUGUGCACACAGAAGUGGGUGGCGUGCACAAGUCCAUGUACGACAAGGUGCUCAUGGUCAGGCCCGAGAAGGAGGACUUCUUCCACCAGGAGCUGCCGCUCUGCAUCCCCCCGCCCAUCUUCUCCCGGCUGGACACCCCAGCGGACUACUUCUACCGCCCAGAGACACAGCACCGGGAAGGCUACAACAACCCCCCCAUCUCAGGCGAGAAUCUGAUCGGCCUGAGCAGGGCCCGACGCCUCCACAACGCCAUCUUUGUCAACUUCGAGGGGGAUGAGGUGCCCGAGCAGCCGCUGGAGGCUGCAGUGCAGACGUGGACCAGGCUCUGCACCAACCCCAUGGACCGCAAGGUGGAGGAGGAGCUGAGGAAGCUGUUUGACAUCCGUCCCAUCUGGUCACGCAACGCCGUCAGAGCCAAGAUGAGCGUCCACCCUGACAAGCUCAAGGUCCUGCUGCCCUUCAUGGCCUAUUACAUGAUAACAGGUCCCUGGAGAAGCCUGUGGAUUCGAUUCGGGUAUGACCCCCGAAGACACCCGGAAGCCAAGAUCUACCAAGUCCUUGAUUUCCGAAUCCGUUGUGGAAUGAAAUCGGGGUACACCUCCAACGAGAUGCCCGUGAAGGCCAAGCGCAGCACCUACAACUACAGCCUCCCCAUCACCGUCAAAAAGGCGUCAGCCAACCAGCUUGUCACCAUGCAAGAUCUGAAGCAGGGCCUGGGCCCAUCCGGGGCAGCUGGCAUGCGGAAAUCGGCCUCCAACAAGUACAAGCUCAAGGACUCGGUUUACAUCUUCCGGGAGGGCGCCUUGCCGCCGUACCGACAGAUGUUCUACCAGCUAUGCGACCUGAACGUGGAAGAGUUGCAGAAGAUCAUUCACCGCAACGAUGGGGCCGAGGAGACCUGCACCGAGCGGGACGGGUGGUGCCUCCCCAAGACCAGCGACGACCUGCGCAACGCCAUGUCCCUCAUGAUCCGGCAGAUCAUCCGUGCCCGGAGGCCUGCCCUCUUCUCCAGCCCGGCCAAGACUGACGGAGAUGGAAGGAAAGAGCAGCUGACAGGCGAGUCUGGGGAGGACGAGGAGGAGGAGGAGGAGGACUUCAAGCCGUCGGAUGGGAGUGAGAAUGAGAUGGAGACCGAGAUCCUGGACUACGUGUGACACAGGGUCACGUGUGACCCCGGAGGACAAGCCAGGGCUCCGCAGUGCUGCCACAGUCGCCAGCACGGCCUUGGAGGCCCCUCUGAGGAGCUGGGCUCCCAGCACUGGGUGCAGCUGGCCCUGGUCCUGCCCGUGACUGCUGCCAGGGCUGCGUGGGACAUUCCUGAAGUCAUGCCCUGGCUCCUGCAGCCAGGCACCAGCGAGAGCCGGAGGCGGAGAUGAUGCCGCCGGGGGUGGGGGUCAGCUUGGCUUGGGGCUCAUGACUGACGGCAGGGAUGGCACCAGGAGCCUGGUGCAUGGUCACGGCUGGCAGGAGCCUGUCCUUGGGUUUGGAUCCUUCUGUUUGGGGUUAGCCUGGCAGAGGCAGGCCCAGCUGGUAUUGUCCGCAUUAAAUACCUUUCCCCAGGAGA